CACAUCUACUGUGACCCGGAUUCAUAACAACAGCUGGACUCGGCUGGCCGCUCAGCUUUGUGGUCCAGUCUGGGGUUUUUAUGGCAUAAUAACACAUUUUAACGGUUACGGGAGUCUAAUCGAAGCGGAGCGGAAGAUGGUGAAGCCUGCGGAACGGAAGUAGUUAAAGCCCCGCGGGUUGACGCAGCUAGCAUCUCCUAGCCACUGCUAGCAUCAGAGCCCCGGCGGAAAAAGGAGAAACGGUUAGCUCAUGCUAACGAGCUAAAGCUAACGGCUAACCGGUCACGUGAUCUGCGGCAACUCGAAAACAUCUGAAAGUAAAUUGACGGGCUCGGCGGCGGCAGGAUGGGGAACCAGCUGGCAGGCAUCGCCCCCUCCCAGAUCCUCUCUGUGGACAGCUACUUCUCAGACAUCCACGACCACGAGUACGACAAGAGCCUGGGCAGCACGCGCUUCUUCAAGGUGGCGCGCGCCAAGCACCGCGAGGGCCUGGUGGUGGUCAAGGUGUUUGCCAUCCAGGACCCGUCGCUGCCGCUCACCAGCUACAAGCAGGAGCUGGAGGAGCUGAAGAUCCGCCUGCACUCCUGCCAGAACUGCCUGCCCUUCCAGAAGACAUCCCUGACAGAGAAGGCCGCUAUCUUGUUCCGUCAGUUCGUCCGGGACAAUUUGUACGAUCGGAUCAGCACGCGGCCCUUCCUCAACAACGUGGAGAAGCGCUGGAUCGCCUUCCAGAUCCUCACCGCCGUGGACCAGGCGCACAAGGCCGGCGUCCGCCACGGCGACAUCAAGACGGAGAACGUGAUGGUGACCGGCUGGAACUGGGUGCUGCUCACCGACUUCGCCAGCUUCAAGCCCACUUAUCUGCCCGAGGACAACCCCGCCGACUUCAACUACUUCUUCGACACGUCCAGGCGCCGGACGUGCUACAUCGCCCCCGAGAGGUUUGUGGACGGCAGCAUGUUCACCACAGAGAGCGACCAAAACACGCCGCUGGUGGACCUGACCAGCAACAACCAGCGCAGCCGGGGCGAGCUGCGGCCGGCCAUGGACAUCUUCUCUGCAGGCUGCGUGAUCGCCGAGCUUUUCACCGAGGGCGUCCCGCUCUUCGACCUGUCCCAGCUGCUGGCCUACCGCAAGGGACACUUCCAGGCUGAGCAGGUCCUGCUGAAGAUCGAGGACCAGAGCAUCCGCGAGCUGGUGGCCCAGAUGGUUCAGCGCGAGCCGGAGAAGCGUCUUUCUGCCGAGGAGCAUCUGAAGCUGCAGAGAGGAAAAGCGUUCCCCGACAUCUUCUACAGCUUCCUGCAGCCCUACAUGGCUCAGUUCGCCAAGGAGACGUUCCAGUCCGCAGACGAGCGUGUCCUGGUGAUCCGAAAGGAUCUGGACAACAUCCUGCUGAACCUUCGGGGAGGCUCCUCCUCUUCCUGCCAGGAGGAGCAGGGCCUCGUGGUGCUCGUCUCCGUCAUCACUUCCUGCCUGCAGACGCUGCACUCCUGCGACUCCAAGCUGGCGGCGCUGGAGCUCGUCCUGCACCUGGCACCGCGGCUGGGCGUCGACAUCCUGCUGGACCGCAUCACGCCGUACCUGCUGCACUUCUGCAAUGACCCGGUUCCCCGUGUGCGCGCCCAGGCUGUGCGCACGCUCACCAAGGUGCUGGCGCUGGUGAAGCAGGUUCCAAGGAACGAUGUGAACAUCUACCCGGAGUACGUGCUGCCCGGCAUCGCUCACCUGGCCCAGGACGACGCCACCAUCGUCAGGCUGGCCUACGCAGAGAACAUCGCUCACCUGGCGGAGAGCGCGCUGCGCUUCCUGGAGCUGGUGCAGGAGAACAACGUGAACACGGAGCAGGAUCCGGGUGGAGAGGACGCCGAGGAGAGCAGCCACCCCAACGAGAACUACGACUCAGAGCUGCAGGCGCUGCAUGAGAUGGUGCAGCAGAAGGUUGUGACGCUGCUCAGCGACUCGGAGAACAUCGUGAAGCAGACGCUGAUGGAGAACGGCAUCACGCGGCUCUGCGUGUUCUUCGGCAGGCAGAAGGCCAACGACGUGCUGCUGUCCCACAUGAUCACCUUCCUGAACGACAAGAACGACUGGCACCUGCGGGGGGCGUUCUUCGACAGCAUCGUGGGUGUGGCGGCGUACGUGGGCUGGCAGAGCUCGUCCAUCCUGAAGCCGCUGCUGCAGCAGGGACUGAGCGACACUGAGGAGUUCGUCAUCUUCAAAGCUCUGAACGCGCUGACCUGCAUGUGCCAGCUGGGGCUGCUGCAGAAACCGCACAUCUACGAGUUCGUCGGUGACAUCGCUCCCUUCCUGUGCCACCCCAACCUGUGGAUCCGCUACGGCGCCGUGGGCUUCAUCACUGUGGUGGCGCAGCACCUCAACGUGGCCGACGUCUACUGCAAGCUGAUGCCUCACCUGACCCCGUUUGUCACCCAGCCCAUCAUCCAGAUCGAUAAGGAGCUGGUCCUGCUGAGCGUCCUGAAGGAGCCUGUCAGCCGCUCCAUCUUCGACUACGCCCUGCGCUCCAAAGACAUCGGCAGCCUGUUCCGACACCUGCUGCUGCGGCAGAAGAAGAGAUCCGGCUCCAUCCCGGAGUGUCCGAAUCCGGAUGACCCGGCCAUCGCUCAGCUGCUGAAGAAGCUGCUGUCGCAGGGCAUGACGGAGGCCGAGGAGGACAAGCUUCUGGCUCUCAAAGACUUCAUGCUGAAGUCCAACAAGGCCAAGGCCAACAUGGGGGACGCGGGCCACCUGGGGGACGCCGGACAGACGGGGGUGAUCGACCUGGGGACGCUGGGCAUCACGGGCCGCCAGGUGGACCUGGUCAAACCCAAGACCGAGUCUGACGACAAGAGAGCAGCGAGGAAACACACCAAGCAGGACUCGGCCAUGAACGAGGAGUGGAAGAGCAUGUUUGGAUCUCAGGACCCGCCGGCCAUGCAGCCCACCACGGUAACCACGUCCGCCGACGGCUCCGGUAACCAGGUCAGGAAGUCGACUGCGGCUCCGGCGCCGCCCGUGCAGCAGGCGGCGGCCGGCGGCCCCCCCUACCAGCGCCGCAUCAACACCUGCAAGACGGAGCUGCAGCAGCUGGUGCAGCAGAAGAGGGAGCAGUGCAGCGCCGAGCGCAUGGCCAAGCACAUGAUGGAGAGCGCCGAGUGGGAGAGCCGGCCACCUCCUCCAGGCUGGCACCCCAAGGGUCUGCUGGUGGCCCACCUGCACGAACACAAAGCAGCCGUUAACAGAAUCCGCGUCUCGGACGAACACUCCAUCUUCGCCACGGCGUCCAACGACGGCUCAGUCAAAGUCUGGGACAGUCAGAAGAUGGAGGGCAAGACCACCACCACCAGGUCCGUGCUGACCUACUCCCGUAUCGGGGGUCACGUGAAGACACUGACCUUCUGCCAAGGCUCGCAUUAUUUAGCCGUGGCGUCCGAUAACGGAUCCAUCCAGCUGCUGGCCGUGGAAGCCAACAAGCCUCCCAAAUCUCCCAAAGUUCAGCCGUUCCAGAGCCGGACUCUGGACCUGCAGGAAGACGGCUGUGCUGUGGACGUCCACCACUUCCACUGCGGCGCCCAGUCGGUGCUGGCCUACGCCACGGUGAACGGCGGCCUGGUGGGCUGGGACCUGCGCUCCAACUGCAACGCCUGGACGCUGCGGCACGACCUGCGGCUCGGCCUCAUCACCUCCUUCAGCGUGGACGUGCACCAGUGCUGGCUCUGCCUGGGUACCAGCAGCGGCACCAUGGCCUGCUGGGAUAUGCGGUUCCAGCUCCCCAUCUCCAACCACUCCCACCCGGCCCGGGCCCGGGUCCGCCGGCUACUCAUGCACCCGCUGUACCAGUCGUCGGUGAUCGCAGCCGUCCAGGGGAACAACGAGGUGUCCAUCUGGGACAUGGAGACCGGGGACAGGAAGUUCACGCUGUGGGCCAGCUCCGCCCCGCCACUCUCUGAGAUGCAGCCGUCUCCUCACAGCGUCCACGGAAUCUACUGCAGCCCGGCCGACGGGAACCCUCUGCUGCUGACGGCCGGGUCCGACAUGAGGAUCAGGUUCUGGGACCUGGCGUACCCGGAGCGGUCGUACAUCGUGGCGGGAGGAGCCCACGACUCGCUGCACUGUCCGUCCGUCCUCUACAGCCGUAAGAUCAUCGAGGGAACCGAAGUGGUUCAGGAGAUCCACAGCAAACAGAAGAGCGGCGCCGCCGAGGACUCGCCUCGCCGCGGCCUGGAGUCACUUCCUGUCGGCCAUCAUGACAUCAUCACCGACAUCGCCACCUUCCAGACGACACAGGGCUUCAUCGUCACCUCGUCCAGAGACGGCAUAGUCAAAGUGUGGAAGUGAAGAUGUGGACCGACUUUUAUUUUGAAGGGUUUUCCUGACAUCAGACUUCCUCUUCCUCUCCUGCUUCAUCCUAAUGCAACUGUGGAUGGACCCGGUUCGGGUUCUGGUUCUGGUCUAACCAAUCAGACCAGUGAAUGAGACGGUUUCAGACUCACCUGAAGGUCCGGUCUCAAUGUUGAUCCGGACGUCUUGGUUCUGCAUGUCAUCACCAUCUGGGUUCCGUUUAAAGAGACCCCCAGCAGCUCGACCCAGUUCUGGUUCUGGUCAUCAUGAGUCGCUUUGUUUUGUCUAACUGACGUGAAACUGGUUCUGGAAUAAUUCAGAACCAUUUUCAAGAGAAAUGAAAUCCCAUUUCCUUCUUUCCAGGUCAUUCAUAUUUAAUAAAAAAGCCAGACUCUUAUUUUGAAGAGAA